AUGACUGCAUAUGAAACUAGAAGAAAUGACAAACUGACAAGGCUUACAGCUUUGGCUUACAAAGAAGCCUCAAUAGAUACUCCAUCCUUUAGAACUAGUGCCAACCAUUUCCAUAUGCAAGUACUUGCCUUGGAAAACUGGAUUCAAGAGAAUACGAAUUUAUCUAAGAACCAGGCUUUAUCAGGGCUCGCAGAACUCAAUAAAGAUGAAGACUCUAUGAUUGAUAGACUGCUCCCACCUCUUCCGUAUUUGAAUAACGGUUUAGUUGAGAAUCAAGCAUAUACACCAGCAAUGGUAAAUGAGUUUCAAUUAGCCUUGAAAACAUUUGCAUCUAGCAUAUCGUCAUUGAUGUACGGUAAUCCUGAAACAUACCUUUCAACAUAUCUUGAUAUCUUGGUGAAAGUAGUCAAGCCUUAUAAGGAAGUAAGGGAGAAUUUUGAUUAUUACCAAGGAAGAUAUGACAUGUUAAAUAAAAACUACCAUGAACUAAAGAUAUCAGCUUUGAUGAAUACGGAAUCCAUCCGAGAGAAGGCGAUAGAACUCUUUGAUAUUAGAAAACUAUAUCGGGACGCUUCUUUUGACUUAUUAUGGAGUAUAGGAACUAUCCAGAUAAAACUUGAUGAAUUGAUCUCAAAGAUGAUAGCAUCAACAAUUCCUUCAACUGCUCAAAAUAAAAAUGCAAAGUACAGUAUCAAUAUAUCAGACGAGCUUGAAUUAGAAUUCAGUCGUUACAGGAAAUGGACUCAAGCUCUUUCAAUUUGCUUGGAUAAUUCCACAGAACAUCUUCAAAAGCUAAAAAGUCAGAUAUGCGAGUAUUGCGAAACAUCUUUUGAACCAUCAAAAGAUUUAAGAACAUAUGAUAUCACAAAUAUCAACAGCGCAGCACUUAUCAAGAACACGAAACCUUCAGAAAAUAAGAAGUCUGGUUGGUUAUACGUGAAAACCAAAAUAAAAGCAAGCGGAAGAUUCACCUGGCUAAAGCGAUGGUGUUUUUUAGAAAGGGGAAUGUUUGGUAUGCUAAUGCUAUCACCUUCAAAAACAUUUGUUGAAGAAAGCGAUAAAUUCGGAGUUUUAUUAAUUUCCUGCAACUACAAUCCACACGAAGACCGGAGAUAUUGUUUUGACUUGAGGAUCAUAAAUAAGGAUGAGACUGCAGAAUCGCAAGACAUAAUCCUCACUCUUCAGGCAGAAACACUUGAGGAACUCAGUUCAUGGCUGACGCUGUUUAGUUACGCAAAAAAAGAGGCAUACAAGCUCGAUAACAAAUCUCCUGAGUAUUCGAUGCUCCUUUCCCGUGUUUCUCCCUUGUUCAUCGAGUUUGCUUGUUCAUCUAUUACAGAGAUUGAUUUCCAGACUACAUCAGUUACUGAACACCAGACACAUUCACUGCUCAAUAUUAUUCAGGCUAACCCUAAUAUUGCCAAUGAUUUUGGGGUUUUCAAAAAUCCCACGUUCCGAUUCCCCGUAAUGACUCAAGCUACAAAACUAGCCGUUAUUUCCAAUGCUUUCACCGAAGAUCAAGGUCUUUCGGGUGCUAUACCAGCAAAUAUAUGGGGUUGUACUGCCACAAGUCAUUCCUUCAGGUUAACUGAUCCAAGAGACGACAAAUUUCCGAUCGAUAAUAAUGCAUGGAACCCAAUAUCUUACCCAGCAUACUAUCCUGAGAAACUUAAAUCGGAUGAUUUACUUUUCAGAACUCUUUUUACAGGCUUUCUCAACAUCGAAAUUUGCGACAGUGAGCUUCUCCUAUUUAAAGAACCCUGCAUAUGCUCCUUUUCUUCAGUGAGCCGGUAUCCCUCGACGAUGUUUGCCACUUCGAAUAUGUUAUACUUCUACACUAAUUUCAUGGGAUUCGUGUAUUUAAAUGAAUAUUCCUUCAAAAGUAUUGUGGGAGUCUCUGUAGUGUCCAAUGAACUUGAGAUGGACAGUGGAAAAUUGGAAAUUGACUUGAAGAAUAAAUCGAAAAUAGUAGUCGAGGCCUUCUACUGUGAUCCAUAUUGCUUAAGCGAAAAAAUAUUGGGAGCAUUGGAGACUACAUUGCAGAAGAGCGACCUGAGAAUUGAUCAACUUAUAAUUAAGCUUGACAAUAUCGAAUCAACUUUCGCUAGAAAAGAGAGUAGCAAUCCUAAGACAUUAAUUCCUGAAAUGUCAUUAGUACGAAGCUUGAACAUAGACAAGAUGAACAUGAGACAGCGACAGCAAAAAUUCCAGUUAGAGCAUGAUUCAAUAUUCAGAAUGGAUUUCCACGUUCCAAGCAGAGCCUUAGCUCACUUAAUGUUUGGUGACAAAUCAACAGUUUUCCACGAAUGUACGUUUUUAUCUAGAUCGAAGACCAAACAUGAUGCUGUAGGUGCGUGGUUCAUCAAUCCAGAGACUAAAGAGCUCGUACGGAAGAUGAGAUUUCGUCUAAGACUAGCCAGAGCACUUAUUUCUGAUAAUAAAGUUCAUCGGUCGACGAACACCGAUUUCAGUUACAUGGAUAUUUUACAGACUCUAACAAAAACGUCUGAGAAUUUUUAUUAUGAGAUUGAUCAAAAGACAGGCUUCUUUUCUCUUCCUUUAACUAAAUUAUUUUGCAUUGAGACGAAGUAUGUGAUAAUCGAUAACCCUAAAAAUGACUAUAACACCAAAAUUAGGAAAACCCCGGGUUCAUCUUGUUCAUUAUACACUUAUUACAACGUUAUUUUUGUGAAUUCAAACUCAUUAAAACCUGUAUCAUCAUUAAACUAUAUCGAUAAAUUCAUCAAGGCAACUGUUUUAUCGAUUUUGGGGAAUGAAUCGCGAAUUUUGAAACAUGUUCUAUCGACAUAUGUUAGCAAGCUUGGAAACAGCUCAAAGAUUGUCAAGGCAAUAAGAUUGGGUGGACAAAUUGGUGUUGCUAACCAAGCGACUCCUGCAGAUGCCGAAUAUAUGAUCAACUCCAUAUCUAACCAGGUUGUGUAUACAAAAAUGUUGAUUUUCAAACUAGCCAUCAAGUGGAUAUUCUUAUUCUGGUCCAAACUAUGUAUAAACGGAAUCAGAUUUUUUUUUGGUAUGAUUUAUGGGUUAAUGACAAACUUAAUGAUGCUAAACAGACUUGUCCUUGGUUUGUUUUUAUUAUCGAUUUUGACGAACCUAUAUUUAAUGCAACGUGCCACAUUUGAUUACUGGGCUUAUAAGAAAGCUGAAAAGUUUGCAGAUUCCAUUGUGGACUUGAAAUCAGUAGACAUGGAAAGAUCAAUUUCGCUAGAUGAUCUUACAAUAUUGACAAAAGAGCUAACGUCCAAAAACGAAGUCAUCGAACAUUUCCUUGCCGAUAGCCCAUAUUCUAAGGGUUCAUACCACGAUAUUCGAAACGAUAUGGCAUUAAGAAGAAACGAAAUCCUAAUUGAACUUUCCUUGUUGAAUAACGUUGAGAGAGAACUUAUUGGAACAGAUUUCAAGAGUUUCCUUUUGAAGGAAGUCGAACGUUGUUCAAUCGUACAGAAUUCCUACAAAGAUGUCAUGGAAAACAACACAAAACUCAGAGAAUAUUGUAAUAGCUGUAAAGAACAACUUAGAUCUUUUAAUUCACUAUUAUAG